AUGACACCGCGAAGCAGACCACGGCGAAGCAGAGCUCUGACGAUGAACAAGUGGAUGACGCUACAAAUCGGGGGUGCAGAAGAGAAGAGAAUGGAAAGAAGGGGCUGGAUGAUUGUGGCAAUUGUGAUAUGCUUAAUUGUCAAUUCAUCUGGUAGAGAACUUAAGGUAGAGGUGAAACAUACACAUCAUCAUCGUCAUCAUCAUCAUAUGGCAACUUACAAUCACACGCUUGCAAGAAUUCUGGUUGAAUAUGCUUCGGCUGUUUAUUUGUCAGACUUGACCGAACUGUUUACUUGGACUUGCUCAAGAUGUAAUCAUUUAACCAAGGGAUUUGAAAUUAUCGACCUGAUUAUUGAUGUGAAGCGCUGCCUGCAGGCAUUUGUUGGGGUUGCGAAGGAUCUUAAUGCUAUUGUGAUUGCAUUCAGAGGGACUCAGGAAAGCAGUAUACAGAAUUGGGUGGAAGAUUUGUACUGGAAGCAGCUUGAUAUAGACUACCCUGGAAUCGAUAACGCAAUGGUGCAUCAUGGAUUUUAUUCUGCUUACUACAACACGACAUUACAGCCUGGAGUAGUAAAUGCAGUUGAAAAGGCAAUGGACUUGUAUGGAAAAAUUGAUAUUAUCGUGACUGGGCAUUCAAUGGGUGGGGCGAUAGCUGGUUUUUGUGGACUCGAUCUCAGUCUUGCUCUUGGAGAACAGAAUGUUCAGGUCAUGACAUUUGGACAACCUAGGAUUGGUAAUGCUGCUUUUGCAUCCUACUAUAGCCAAGUGGUGCCAAAUACCAUUCGUGUCACCAAUGGACAUGAUAUUGUGCCUCAUUUGCCCCCUUACUACCAUUAUUUCCCUCAAAAGACGUACCAUCACUUCCCAAGAGAGGUCUGGCUCUACAGUAUUGGGUUUGGAAGUUUUAGUUAUGCAGUUGAGAAGGUCUGCGAUAAUUCUGGGGAAGACCCAACAUGUAGCAGGUCAGUAGCCGGGAAUAGUAUUCCAGAUCACAUGACAUACUAUGGCGUUCAAAUGGGAUGCGAGACAUCAGGCACAUGCAAAAUCAUAAUGGAUCCCCGUAUCUCUGCAUUUGUCCGAAAAGAUCUUGAUGGAAAUCUCGUCUUAUCCAGAGUUCCCUUUGCUCCCGAUUUGAAAUUAAUUACCGAACUGGCUGAUCAGGGAAGCGCAUUGUAG